GAGUCUCGGCGCGCUGCGCCCUGUACAGCCGGUUGCCUGUGCUGGGCGCGAGACUCGACCGAGUCUCUUGAUCACUUGAAAGUAGCUAUUGAAUGCAUUUGGAGCAAACCCAAAGUAAUGAGAAUUUGAUUGUGUAAGAAGGCAAAUUCAUGGUGUGAGAUUUCAUUGGAAAAAUUGUGGCGUAAGAUUUGAGUGCUGGAAAAUGGUAUAAGUGUAUGAAAAAAAAAAAAAAUGGGCACUACGGAGAAUUUAUAUAUUUCGAAUGACGUUAUUUGCUGUUCGUGGAAAGAAUUUGCCGAUUGAAUAGUCGAAAAAUCAAGAAUGGCCGAACAAUUUUCGCCCAAGUCAAAGGUUCAAUUUCAAUUGAAUUCUAGAUCCGAUCUUCAGAUUGAAUUAGCAGCGAUCACGAAAUCACGUGAAUCUGAUGAUAAGAAAUGUACCGAUGAGAUAAAACGGAAAACUCAAGAAUCGAAAGAUGCUGAUGACAAGGCACAUCAAAUCGAUUUCCUAGAUCGUAGGAAUAUCGACGAAUCUCACGUCGAUCGAUUAUCGCUGCUCCUAGAUCAGCAAUUCUCUUCCUCGCAGAGCGAUCCUUCCUCGGAUUCUGGAUUAUGGAAUCUACAGGGGGAGGAAAGGAGCGAUAGGAUACUGGAUCGUGCGGAUCAUUCCUGGAUCGUUCAAAAAUGUCAAGUGCCGGGAUCUAUACCGAAAAAUCAUUUGGAUGUCAGUGCGAAGCCAAAGGAUUUGAAAAAUGAAACAGAUAAAAAAUGUAUUACAAAUUAUAACACCGAGAUUGUCAAAGAUACGAAAAAGAUAAGCAACGAAUGCAAAGACAUAAGAGCACCCGGGGUUAAGGAAACGAUCGUGAUGGCGAAUAAUCAAGUAGUACAAUGUCCAGGAAAAAAGAUUUCAGAAAAGAGUCAUCAGCCUUCGAAAGGCACUACAGCGGAUUCAACUGUUACGAUGAAAACUUUAAUGGACGAAUUCAAUGAUUUGACGAAAAAGAUGAGCUCGUUAAAACGUACUUUGACGGAUCUCAGUAGCUGUUCUGUGAAUUUGAAACCCCGACACUCAAAAUCUUAUUCGACCGAUGACAUCUGUAUGAUAGUCGAUGCUUCUGACGUCAAAAAAGUUAUUAUUGAUUGUAUCGCCGAGUUGGCGGCUAUUAAAAAUUAUCUUGAUGGCACUGAAAAGAUUUCCAGUGAAUUUCGACAUGCCUUAUCAGAGACUGUAUUCAUUGAUUGUUGUAAGGAACGAUUACCUCAUAUUCAUGGGGAAUUAAAAAAGAAGCCUACUGUUCUUACGUUUGAUACUGGUCUGCCGCUUUUUAGUGUCUGCCGCGAAAAAGAUGUAAAUUCUGUGAGAAAAAAAUGCAACAGCUAUAAUUCUCAACAGAAUAGUAAUUCUCCGGAGAAUUUGGAUAAUUCUAAACACAAGAACAAUUAUCGCAAUGAGAUCGUAGCGAGGCGAUUGGAAUUGUCGAAGAAAAAUGUCGGUUCUGGAACAUUUUCGAUUAUUAAAAAAGAAACGGCUGUGUCUCCUGUUUCUAGUAUGAUGAAAGAAGCAAAGAAAAUUGAAGAAAUUCGGAAAACUUCUGCGAUCGAUGAGGUUGUAUUUUCAACCGUGAACACUGAAGUUGAUUCGAGAACGAAAACAAAAAGUCAUAAAUGGUAUUCCUGUUUUUUGGAUUGUACCAGAGAACCGGAGGAUAAUGACUUUCUUGAUUCGUCUCACAAUCAGGAUAAAUCGAAUGAACUGGUAGAGAAAAAAAACAAGCACGAUAAACAACAGAAGUCUAACGAAGAAUCAAUCCUACGAGAAUUGUCUGUGAAAAAGUCGAAAGACCAAAAAAUGUUGAAUGGCCCCCAAGAAAAGAGUCAAAUUGAAAUAUCUAUAGAUCAAAAAUUGGAUUCUUUAAAUGUCGUACAUCCAUCCCAUGGGAGGAAUAACGAAAAAACAUCCAGUCUGAGUAGGAAACAUGAGUCACCAUUAGCAAUUUUGGAAAAUAUGGAUUUUUUAUAUGACCAUUAUACUCGGGAUCAGGAUUCAAAGAGGCAGAAAGACACGAGGGUCUUUCAAGUGUAUAAUGCUCUGGUGAAUCAAAGUCCUAGUGACUUUAGACAAAUUUAUACUAGUUGGUUAUCACAGCCAGUAUUGAAUUCGACUAUACGCGCUGCGGUGGGACUGAAUGUACAACCUGAAUUUUCAAAAAUUCAAAACACCCUGGGAGCUUCUGUUAAAAACUUGAAAAAAUCGAAAUCUGUCGGUUUUCUGUAUUUCGAUAAAUCGUAUGGUACUUGUACAUUCGAUAAUGAGAAAAAAACAGAGGAGUCGAAUAUCAAAAAAGUCACUGGAGUCAUGGAAACAACGAAAAGACCUGUGCAGGAGAAUCUGCUGAAAGACAUUCAUGAAUUUUUGCAUUAUUAUUUGAAACAACAGCCUGUGUAUUCAGUCACGAAUUCAAAAUUUGUUCGAAAACAAUUCCAGCAUUAUUCUUCUGAAAAUCCAAGCAUUGUAGGGAUGCGAUCUACGACAUUUUCCUUAAAUUCAAAGAUAUUAAAAAAAAAAAAAAACUUUAGAAAAUUUAAUUAAAAACAAUCAACUGUCCACGUCGAUCAAUAACGGAUCUGCAAAUCCUGAAGGAUGGUUAAAAAUAAUAAAGUAUAUGCAAAAGUAUUCAAUCUGCUACGAAAACAAUAUCACUGACAAUUCCAUUAUAAAACCUACCUGCAAACUACCAGAAAUAUUUUGUGUUUUAAGGGGAGAAUUAAAACUAAUGAAAUAUCCAAUAUCAAGUCCCGAAACAAUUUUAACGUCAAAAGUAACUCAUAUUGCGAAUGAGGAGAAGCAUUUGCAGAAAGAGAUAUCCGAAGCCCAACAAGUAGCUAAUUCGAAAAUUCGUCUUUGUAAAAAUGCACAGAUAAAACUGCAAAAUAAAGAAAAUGACAUGAAUCAUACAGAGCAAUGCAAGAUGAACCGAGCAUAAGGGUCAAUGGAAACCGUAGUCACUCGUGCGAGACGACAGGAGCGUAGAAAGUACCCACAAUCAACAUAAUUUUCAUUACGAUGAAUGUCUAGAAGC